UUCAAGAUGGCGGAUCAAGGAGGCAAGAUUCCUGUUGGUAAAGGAAUCCCCAGCCAAAAAGAGCUUCUAAAACCACUUAUAUUUCCUAAUAAUCAGAGAGCGUUUAGGUUAUUUAACGCAGCAUUAGCUACAGGGAUCACAGUGUAUUUCGUUUUCUUCCAUAAAUUCCCACAACAGGAUCAUUGCUUUGUACCUAUAAGAAAUCUUGUCGAAUCACAAAAAGCUAGAUUUUUGAGGAUCAAACCAGAGGACGAAGAAUAUAUCAAAAGAAGAACAGAAGAAUUAAGUAAAGCCAGACAAUCAGAAACAAAUUCAUAACUGAAAUGAAUUCUAAUAUUUCCAAAAAGAAGUUUUAAUCAAGUUAAAUUUGGGCCUUUCUCACACAGCAGACAUCUUAACAGAAUAUUAUUUAUAAGUAUGUACAGAAUCAAAUUAUGGUGUCUAAUUUGAAUAACUAUUGUUCUGAACUUACUAGCAUCUCAUACAUGUGAAAACCCUUUUGUGUUUCCAUGUAAAGACAAGGCUAGUCAGUCUCGUCCAGAUAGUUAUUCGAUGUGGUAGCCAUAUUUUGAUUUGGUGAAUAAACCUAGUUAUGUCCAGUACGGGUCUAUACUUUAUGUUAUAGGGGCAGAGCCAGGAUUUUCUGAAAGGCAAGAUUACACAAUUUUGAUAAAAACCUAAAAGAUCCAAAGAUUAGAAAAGAGUGAAGGCAACAUUAUUUUAAAGAUGUCCUCUCCAAAGAGGGAGCUGAUGCCAUUUUAACUAAUUCUCCCCUAAACCAAACCCAACCAAAAAAUGUGUAAACACAUGGGUUAUUACAGGGUUUAAAAUAAUGGUGGGCAAUGAUCACUGUCCAAGCUACUUUUAGCAAGGAUUGGUUAUUUCUGGCUCAUUGUACUGUUCAAAAUGGCCAGCAAGGCAAAGAUUUGACAGGACAAGUUGCAAUUCUGGUUGGACAUUGUCUGACGAUCAGCUGUUAUUUUGAACCCUGUAUUCAUACAGAUGGUUAAUGAAUAUAAUGAUUUGAUACAAUAAUAUCUGUUCCAUUUAUAUCAAAGGUUUUCUUUUCAUAUAAAUAAUAAUCUCUUUGUCUGAAAAGUUCAUGAAUUAUCUUUUAAUGUGCUUGUAAAUAAUAUGAAGAAAAAAAGUUUUCCUUUAAUAAACAAGCAUAUUGUGCCGUUGCUUCUUAUGGAAAUUGCAAUGUGCUUCUCACUGUGAAA